UUCCUGUAUUAUGGAUUUUAUGGCGACUAAACAUCUUCAUCUCGCAGCCCUCCGCUGUGACCGCGGGCUGAUGUGCCGUUUACCGAUCAAACAAAAGGCUUUUUAGCAGCUAAAUGUAGCUUUAAAUGAGCCCGUCACACCUGGGUGAUCUGGAUGUGAUAGUUUCUGACUUUAUAAUUGAAAAUCACUUCAAGACAAACAGGACUUACUUCAUUAAAGCCAUAAACUCAGCUGUAAGUGACUGAAACGCCAACAGAAGUUCGGAAAUAUUUUCUCUCGGAAUAAUCCCGUUUUUUCACGGGUGUACUUUGAAAAAAAAAGGCGAUAAAACUCGCCAGCUGUGUUUCAACUGUUCCAAAGUUUGUUUCGUGUUAUUUCCCCUCCUCAUCUUUUUAUCCGGAAGACGGCGGCAGCGACAGUGGUUUUAUUUUGGAAAGGGACCGGAAGCUGCGGGGAUUGUUUUGUCUUAACUGUGUUCAGUGGGACGUGGUUGCGAUGUUGUCACGCUUCCAUUCACGACCUGACCCUCAGUUCCCGCGGAUCCUGGCGCGGAUACUCAGUCCCAGCUGAUCCGAGUGCGGAUCCUCAGUCCCAGCGGAUACGGGUGCGGAACCAGCGGACUUCGGUCUGUCGCGGGUGUUGUGGGCGCUUGACGUCGUCGUGGGUCCGCCUGGUUCAGGAUGUGGAUCGACACAGUCACUUUUUAAAUUCAACAUUUUCAUGUUUUUUAAUUUUUGAACAAAUGUCAACAGCUGGACAUCACGUGAUGAUGGAGUCCUCUCUGGCCCAUGGUGGACUGGAUCUGAACCCCAGCCCCGCCCCUCUCGGCAUCAGCCUGAACCCGCGACCCCCCGGGGGACCCCCAGAUAAAGAUAAGCUCAGUCAGCGGCCCGUGGGGCCCCCGGCCCCGGCACACCUGAUCGGCUGCGUCCCGCUAUCACACCAGGUGGCGGGUCACAAGUACGGCGUGGACAAAGUGGGCAUUUUGCAGCACCCAGAUGGAACAGUUCUGAAGCAGCUCCAGCCUCCACCCAGAGGUCUGCGAGAGAUGCAGUUUUACAGCAUGGUGUAUGCAGAGGACUGCUCUGAUCCAUGUCUUCUGGCACUCCAGAACCACUUGCCCAAGUACUACGGCACCUGGUGCUCCCCUGACAGCUCUGAUGAUAUGUACCUGAAGCUGGAGGACGUGACUCGUCGCUUUGCCAAGCCGUGCAUUAUGGAUGUGAAACUGGGCCAACGGAGCUACGACCCCUUUGCUUCACAGGAGAAACGAGAACAGCAGAUCAAAAAGUACCCGCUGAUGGAGGAAAUAGGUUUCCUGGUCCUUGGGUUGAGGGUCUAUAAGGUGUGCAGUGACUCGUUCGACACCUACGACCAGCACUAUGGCAGGAGACUGGAUCAGGACACGGUUAAAGACGGUCUGGCAAAGUUCUUCCACAACGGUGUUUGUCUGAGGAAGGACGCUUUGUCAGCGAGUAUACACAGAGUGCAGCACAUCCUGCGCUGGUUCCAGUCCCAACGCCAGCUCAACUUCUACGCCAGCUCCCUCCUUUUUGUCUACGAGGGCCUUACCUCCUCCCUUUCUUUUCUCAGUGAGCCUGUGGGGAACAUUGUGAGUUUGUCCUCAUCAGCUGAGAGCGGUGAGGAAGCGGACAAAAACCAAGGAGAUAUGGCUGGACAGGAAGAGGACGUGGCAGAGUACAACAACAACAAUAUUCAUGUGGCGGUGCCCUGGGACAGCAGCCUGACCUCCAUUUACACCAACUACAGGAAAACCGGUCCCCACCACUGCUUGACACAGCACCUGUGCACCAACGGAGUGGGCGAUCAUGAUGCCAUGGCAACAACAAACUCAGGUUCUGGUGACAACAUCUCAACCGUGUGUGAGGAAGACAACUUGGCCUGGAAAUGGACCCACGUGUCACGGCAACAGCAGCCACCAAACAGAAACGAUUUUCAACUGGAAGUAAAGAACAAAGGUGAGAGGGACAGCAGCAGCGGAAGGAAGGAGACAGAUGAUCGAGGGAGUGGCGUGGCAGAGAGGAAAACCGGGGGUGGAGAGGCUGAGGUCCGCAUGAUCGACUUUGCCCACGUUUUCCCAAGUGACAGCCAUGAUCACGGUUACAUUUAUGGCCUGCAGAGCCUGCUGGGAGUGCUGGAACAGAUCCUCCGUGACGCCGCCUAGACCUGUCCCCAUGCUGGAAAUGCCAUGUCCUCCUGUUGGACAAUCCUUCUUUUGUAAAGGGACAGAGACCUUCAGUGCACAGAGGAAACACCUGAAGCCAUUAUCAUCAUCACCAUCAUCAUCGUCAUCGUUGUCAUCAUCAUCAUCGUCGUCAUCAUCUCUCCUGAUUGUGAUGGUCAGCUAUGUGUUUGUGUUGUUGUGUGUCUGAGCAUUUUGGCUGCGAUCGGCGGCGUCGUGUCCAUUACUCAGCUGACAGACUCAUCCGGACUCAGGUGACCUGAGGGCUCCCGGGGAAUAAAGUCCCACCUGUUUCUAAUGUGCUACUUCACACAAAAAAUGGUCUUGUGAAAAGAGAAAACACUCGCGCAGCUGUCUGUGGUCCCGGCCGGCCUUUAUAUUUGGGGAAGGGCAUGUUCAGGUCUGGAAUGAACACAUUUUCAGGAACCAACAUUUAAAUGUGAAAAACAUUUUUAUCCUGCAAAUUUGAAGUAGAAACUCUCUGAAAAGUUACUCUAAAAAGACUAAAAUUUCUUUCAAUGUAUUUUAAGGCUGUCAUUUAAGAAUUAAAUGUAACCUGUUUUUUCUAGAUUUUCCUGUUGCCAGUUCUGAGCCCUGGGCCAGUGGGUGAGACCGCUGACUGGUCCUGGUCCGGUGCACUGGAAGUAUCUGUACUGUUUCAAUUCCAGCAAAUCUAUAGUUGUCAUUCUUUAACUCCUAACUCAUCGUCAUGUUGAACCCAUGUUGUCAAAGUAACUCAGUAACUCUGGAUUUUAUGUUUUUAUUGCUUUAUGACAUAAAAAACAUCUGUUUUAUUUUUUUAAGAGGUGUUCUUUAGUCUCGAAGCUUUCAACAUGAUGUAAAUGAAAUAUAAAGGAUUCUUCAAGUUUUCUUCUUCUUCA